UGUCAUCAUCGUUCUGCCUCUCUCCGCCAUCAGCAAGCAUGGACUCUGAUAGUACCAUUCUCCCCCCUUCAGUGACAAAGCGACCGGGGGCGCCACCACAACAAAGCUCAACGCGAGCACCAUGGGCGUCGGGCCCGUCCUCGCGCUCGAUGCUGCCACCAACUGUGACUCGAGCACCUCAGCUCCCAGGAGCAAGGGCCCCACCAUCCGGAAUGGCGCCGCGCACCUCAAUGCCGCCUCCCACUCUUAUUCCGCGCGGUCCGACCAUUCAAACAGGUCGUCCGAUGGCCGCGCCUUCUGCGGACGCCGUCGUUCUUCCCUCCAACCCUGCUUCGCCAGCACCUGUGCUGACCACCGAGGACGCCAUCCACGCUUGGCCCUCUACUCCGGGCUAUCGCGGAUUCGUUGACUGGUUGCGCGUGCGGUGCGAGCGCAUUCGUGGACAAGCCAUAGUUGAAGGUCCGGCGGCCUACGAGGGCGCGUCCGAGACGACAGCCACCUUUCUCCGCCUGCUCGACGCCAUGAUAGAAUGGGUUGAAGAGGUUCCUCCACUGCCGCAAGCAAAUCAGCGCUUUGGUAACCGUGCAUUCCGCGACUACAUCGAGCUCGUGGCGAAGCGCCUGCCCAGCUUUCUGCCUGAGAAGCUACCCCCUCAUCUCCGCGACCAACUUCUGCCUUUGCUCUUGCAGUCGCACGCAUUUGGUCAUCCCACGCGUUUGGACUAUGGGACAGGGCACGAGCUCGCGUUCGCUCUCGGCCUCUGGGUGUGCGUUGUCUCUGGCUGGGCCGGGGAUGCCGAAGCGCAGGAUCAGCUCGUGCUGCGCGUGUUCCCGCGCUACCUUGACCUCACAACGAAAUUACAGGCGACGUAUCGUCUCGAGCCGGCAGGGUCGCACGGCGUAUGGGGACUCGACGACUUCGCCUUCCUCCCUUACCUCUUUGGCUCGGCGCAGCUGUUCGGCGGCAGCGUCUCCCCCGCAGAAGCCCUCAAGGCCGCGACUACAACGCAAGGCCCGUUCACAGACCUGUACACGCUGUCUUUGCACCGCGUGGGACACUUCAAACGCGGCGCCGCGUUCUCUGAGCACUCCCCGCUUCUAGACAGUCUGUCGACCUUUCCAAACUGGGUGAAACCUCACAGCGGGCUGCUCAAGAUGUUCCAAGCUGAGGUGCUUGGCAAGCGUGUUGUCGUUCAAGGUCUCUGGGUGGGCGGGUGGUGCUGGGGCGAGAACAUGCCACGCCCCGAGGCUCCGAGGGAUGAGGAGCCUGUGUCAGAGGGCGGCGCAGCGACUACCGCGCCGUGGAAGGCCGAGCAGUUGCGCCGUGCCAACCAAGCGUGGGGUCACUGACCUAGAUUCUAGAGUCGUAUGUAGGGAUGCUGCGUGGGCGCUCGACUCCUCGUGUCAAGCACUGAUUCUCGUGACGUCCUUCACCGUGGGGUUCAGGACCUCACGCACGCCGUCCGUCCGUCCAAGCAAAAUAUCAGAAUCUCGG